AUGGGCUGGUUUGGAGGAAACAAUAACACCGCACCUCCUUCUAAGGUGUCUAUGGUCACUGAAUAUAAACCAGAGCCUAAACUGCAACAAUAUUUAGAAGAUUUGCCACCAAAGUUUGAAGACACUGAUGUUCCAUCCAAACCACCUCAAAAGAACAAUGCACAACCAACACUUGCCGACGCAGCAAAGUCGAUCCAACUAUCAGAUUUCACGAUAGACAGGUUUGUCAGUAUGCCAUGUUUUAGAGAGGCGAUGAUUACAGGGUUUCAAGCUAUGGGUGUAUUGGGCGUCAUUACAUUCUUGAUUAGAAAAGAUUUGAACAAGUCGCUAAAUUGGUCAGUAGGUGGGUUCUUUUUGGGAAAUAUGGUUGGCUGGGAACAAUGUCGUUCACUAAGAAGAAGGUCAAUGCAAAUGAUGGAGAAAGCAAAACAAGAUAAGGAGGAAAGGAAUAGAAAGAAGUGGGAAGACUUGCAAAAGAGCCAAGGCAAGAACGAUGACUUGGAGAAAUUCAAUGAAUUCAAUAAAAGGGAGUAG